AGGAGACACCCACACUUCAGAAACAGCCUCUUGCAGUCCACCUGAACCCUCUUGCCUUGACAACAUGUGUUGUAACUACUACGGCAACUCCUGUGGCUAUGGCUGUGGAAAGAGCUACAGCUGUGGGUUCAGCCCCUAUUAUGGCUGUGGAUAUGGAAGUAGAUACGGCUGUGGAUACGGCUCGGGAUACGGCUGUGGAUAUGGGACAGGAUAUGGCUGUGGAUUUAGCCCCUAUUAUGGCUGUGGUUAUGGAACCAGAUAUGGCUGUGGAUAUGGCUCUGGCUAUGGCAGCUACUGGCCAGUUUGCUACAGGAGAUGUUAUUCUUGCUGCUAGAACAUCACCCUCUUAGCCUAGUCUGCUUCUGAAAUGAGGAAUCUAAAGAUAAUACUGCUUCGAGGAUCUGUAACCCAUGAUUUGUACUUGCAAGAAAUUGUAUGUGUGACAGAGGCUUUGAUCUCCAACUACCCAUUUUUAGAUUGACGCCCUUGAGGUCUGAAGUUCAAUGGUGAUAACAUCUGACUUUUCCAAAUGUUAGCCUUUACUCCUUAAUCUCUGAGUCUCUGUUAUGAUUGUGUUAAUGAUCCUAACAUUCUAAAGCUUGGAUAACCCCUUAUUCUCAAU